AUGGUCAAGAACAAACUUAAGACGACUCGCCAUGGCAGUAACAGCUUUAGCGAGUCUUUUGAUGACGCUGAGAACGGUGUCGAUCAAGUGACCGUGACCUUAGGUGAACAACACUUGUGUGCCGUUCCUUUGUCCGUUCAUGCACCAACUUCGGCAACUAUUGGUGUCAAUGGCGUAAGCACGGAACCAUCACACUGCCUUGUUAUCUACACGGGUGGCACCUUUGGCAUGGUACCGGAUGAGACUGGAGUAUUGCAUCCAAGCAGUGGCUUUCUAGAAAAGAAGAUCAAUGAGAUGGACGAGUUCAAGUUUGAGAACAUGCCCCGCGUGACGGUGAGCGAGUGGGCAGAUCCCAUCGACUCGUCCGAUAUGUGUCCCAAUGACUGGGGUAAAAUUGCCUACGAGAUUGAGGCCAACUACUGGGAUUACGACGGCUUCGUGGUGCUCCAGGGCACAGAUACAAUGGCUUAUACAGCUUCGGCAUUGUCCUUUAUGCUUGAAUACCUUGGUAAACCCGUCGUCAUUUCGGGAGCAAUGAUCCCACUGCACUUUCCUCACAGUGAUGCACGUCGCAAUCUCAUCAUGUCGGUUAUGUGUGCAGCGUCGCUCGCUAUACCUGAGGUCUGUAUCUACUCGAACAACAAACUGCUGCGUGGUAAUCGCACCACAAAAGUCGCCAACAUGUCGGUAGAUGCCUUCCGGUCGCCUAAUUUUCCAUCACUUGCGGUGACUGGUGUGGAGGCGAUUGUGGACCAACCAUUGAUACUACCGUAUCCUCGGUCACGAUUCCGUGUGUUUACAGACCUUUCAACCAACAUUUGCGUGUUCCAUCUCGUGCCUGGCUUUGAUGACGAGUGCAUUGAGGCAUUCAUUGAACGUCACAAUGCGACCAAAAGCAAGGGAGAAUACAAGCGGAAGGCACUUGUCUUUGCUCUUUACGGCACGGGCAACGCUCCACUAUGCAAGGACGGUUUCUUACGUCUUGUAAAGCUCGCGAUUGAAUCCGACAUUCCAGUGACUAUCACGUCGCAGUGUGUACAGGGUCGUACUCAGCUUGACACAUACGCGACGGGAGUGACUUUGCUGAACAUGGGCGUUAUCACGUCGCUCGAUAUGACGAUUGAGGCUUGUGUGGCCAAAUUGGGCUAUCUCAUGGGCAAGGGCUUUGAAGGCAAGGAACUCAAGGCAAAGAUGGAGACCGAUCUACGCGGUGAGCUGUCGAUCGUGGACGCCGUGGCAAAUGGUGAGGAAAUGAGCCGCACGCGCCAAUACCGCAAGACCGUUAUUCGAAGCUUUGCUUUGCACUAA